ACCUUUCAUCUCUAGAGUCACUCUACUCACCCGCAACCUCAGUCCUUCCAUUAACCUUCGUCUCUCAGCUUCUCUUCCAACUUUCAACCCAAAACCAUUAAACCUGUUAUGCAAAUUUUCUAGGCUCCCAAUCACUUCCUGAAAACCCUAAUUUUGGAAAUGGGGUCAAUUAACUUCAACCCUUUCGGAAACUGGUUCCAGAAACCCCCAAACCCCAUCCCUCCCAUCAACCUCCUUUCGUGCAACCUCCUCAAUACUCCCAAAACCCUAAACUUCGCUUCAAUCAGCGGUUCAAAUACGUCCAAAAAAACCCCAAAACCCGAAAAACCCUCGGAUGAACCCGAGAAAUACAAGAAAAUGCUGGAGCAGUUCUUCUGGGAAUCAGAAACAAUGCCCAAUUACAGACACGCUCCAGAAGUUGAGAGAAUCCUAAACGAAGACCCCAACUUCGAGAAGAAAGAGAACCCGACUGAAGAGGAAAUUAGGGAGAACGAGAAGUGGUGGAAUGAGUUCAGGAGCAGUCCAGUGGUGCAGUUCUUGGCUCGGGCAGAGGAAAUUGCGACUAAGAUGAACGAGAUGGAGCUUGAAGAGAAUGCGAAUCCGUACUGGGAUGAGGAUAGGAAGCUGUGGCAGGCCGUGCCGCACGUGCCGGGGUUGGACGGCCGGCCGAUGCCGCGGAAGGCAAUAAAGACGAAGAAGGAAUCUGAUGACAAGUUUUGGGACUUUACCAGGCAGUUCUUUUUCGGGCUUUGGGGAUUCCGGCAGCGCCCAUACCCACCGGGCCGGCCUAUUGAUGUUGCUCAGGCUAUUGGGUAUAAGCGGCUCGAGAAGCGAUACUAUGAUUUUAUAAUGCGAAGCGGUGGGUGGUACUAUAAGGAUCGUUUGGGUCGGACACGUGGGCCUUUGGAACUGAUAACACUUAAAACUGCUUGGGGUGCUGGGAUAAUUGACAAAGACACUUUCAUUUGGGGUGAGGACAUGGAUGAAUGGGCACCGAUACACAUGGUUUAUGGGUUGGAACCUGCUAUUGCCACUUGGGAAGUCAGACUUGGAGCAGCGGCAACAGCUUUCCUCCACAAACUACAGAAAGGUAUACCUCCUUGGGUUCCUCUUAAAGGGCAUGAGAAGAAAACCUAUAAGCAGCUCCAAGAAGAAGCAAUAGAGAGCAAGAAACGUGAUUUAGCGGUACUGGAGGCUAAUGAUGGUGUUUGGCCUGGAGUAAGAACUCCAAGUCAUGCCCUAUUUCUUUGGGCUAGUGGCUCUGAACUGACGACAAUUUUGGAAGAGGACUAUAUGCCAAACAAAUACAUCCCAAAAGAUCUUAGGCUCCAAUUGGCUGAAGUUAUCCCUGGGUUGAGACCAUGGGAGGUUUUAAGUGUAGAACAGGCAAUGGAUCAAAUUACAUAUGGGGGAGAGUGGUACCGUGAACCUUUUGGUAUGUUCACGACUGGUCCUCCUUAUAUCGAGAAUUGGAAUAAUGAUGUGAAGAGAAUGUUCUCAAUUUUUUACAAGCUCUCCGCCAGAGUCUACAACAAACUGGUACGGACUGUUCCAGGUUUUGAUAAUAUAAUGGAAAAAGUUGAUGCUGAUGCUGCUGCAAGGGAAGCCAUCCGGAGAGAGAAAAGAGCUGCGCAGAAGGCUGCAAAGGAGAAAGCUCUAUAUGAUCGAUUUCAGAAAUGAUCUAUAGCUGCCUUUUUUUAUUUCUUGGUCCUUAGGUAGAUUUGAUGGUAAAGCCCUAAAAUCCUGUCUUUGCAUCAUGUCAACUUGUGCAUGAACCAUUGGUUAUCUUCAUCUUAAGUAAUACAAGGUGAUUUGGUUAUUCAAAAUAGCAGUGUAUGAUUUGAUCUCCAUGAUAUGUCAAAUUUGAAACCCAGAACAGUAACACUUCUGCUUCACAUUUGAUUGAUGCUAAAUGGCCUAUACAAUUUGGGAGGAGACUA